AUCUACAAACCCCUCUGUUCUCGGAAGCAUUGUAUGGUAACUUUUAUUUUCCUCCCAAUAAUCAUUCGGUAGAAGAAAGUGGUCGCAGUUCCUCCAGUUUUCAGCCACCAGUUUUCUCUCCAUCCAUCUUCGAAAUACCAGACUCUUUUCAGCCCCAUCGAUCCCACAAACCCAUUUUAGCGUCUUUUCAAUUUCUACUUUUACGGGUCGUCUUUCUCUAUUUGGUCAACACUACCCAUAUAUAAUAUAUAUACUUUCUUCUUCUUCAACCAAAUCAGAUUUGCGAUUUGCCCCCAGCAACUCUCUCUUCCCCUUCAUCAUCGGGUUUCUUGUUCCAAAAUCAAACUCUAAUGGCCGCUACAGGUAAUAACAUUCAUAAUAGCAACGCGAAGAUCGUCCUUGGCGAUGCUGGUUAUGUUCUUGAAGAUGUUCCUCACUUGUCCGACUAUAUUUCCGAUCUGCCUACGUAUUCCAAUCCGUUGCAAGACAAUCCUGCUUACUCUGUAGUCAAACAGUAUUUUGUGCACGUUGAUGAUACCGUUCCUCAGAAGGUUGUUGUUCACAAGAAUAGUCCAAGAGGAAUACAUUUUCGACGUGCUGGCCCUCGCCAACGGAUAUACUUUAAGGCAGACGAGGUUCACGCUUGCAUUGUGACAUGUGGCGGUCUUUGCCCUGGACUCAACACUGUGAUCAGGGAACUGGUUUGUGGCUUAUACAAUAUGUAUGGAGUGAAGAAGGUUCUGGGCAUUGAAGGUGGAUAUAGAGGUUUCUAUUCUAAGAAUACCAUUCAUUUAACUCCAAAGUUUGUGAAUGAUAUCCAUAAACGCGGUGGAACUGUCCUUGGGACAUCACGAGGUGGUCACGAUACCUCAAAAAUAGUUGACAGCAUUCAAGAUCGUGGCAUCAAUCAGGUUUAUAUAAUUGGUGGAGAUGGAACUCAGAGGGGAGCAUCUGCUAUAUAUGAGGAAGUCAGAAGAAGAGGGCUCAAAGUUGCAGUUGUUGGUAUCCCGAAAACCAUUGAUAACGACAUCCCGAUCAUUGACAAGUCCUUUGGCUUUGACUCUGCCGUUGAGGAGGCUCAGCGUGCUAUAAACGCAGCCCAUGUCGAAUCUGAAAGUAUGGAGAAUGGUAUAGGGCUUGUGAAGUUGAUGGGUCGCUAUUGUGGGUUCAUAGCGAUGUACGCAACGCUUGCGAGCAGGGACGUCGACUGUUGCUUAAUUCCAGAGUCGCCCUUUUAUCUUGAAGGACCCGGUGGACUUUACGAAUACAUAUCAAGAUGUCUGAAAGACAACGGCCACAUGGUCAUUGUCAUUGCAGAAGGAGCCGGGCAGGAGUUGCUGUCUGGAAGCCUUGAUUCUGACAAGCUGGAUGCUUCUGGUAAUAAGCUUCUUCAAGAUGUUGGGCUAUGGAUAUCACAGAAAAUCAAGGAUCAUUUUUCAAAAGAACAUAAGAUGACCAUAAACCUCAAAUAUAUUGAUCCGACGUAUAUGAUCCGAGCUAUCCCAAGUAAUGCCUCGGACAAUGUUUACUGCACUCUACUUGCUCAAAGUGCUAUACAUGGAGCAAUGGCUGGCUAUACUGGCUAUACGAGCGGGCUUGUUAACGGAAGACAGACAUACAUUCCCUUCUACAGAAUCACAGAGAAACAGAACAAGGUGGUGAUAACUGAUAGAAUGUGGGCAAGGCUUCUAUCAUCGACGAACCAGCCAAGCUUUCUGAUUCCGAAAGACGCAGUAGCCGAGGAGUUGAAAGAGGAAGAAACGACGAACAAGUUAGACGACGACAACAACAACAUCGAGGACGAGACAAUGAGCAAGCCUAGUGUAAUGUAGCUCAGCUCACAUAUGUGAAGAAAUUGAAAGAUGGGUGGUGUUGUAAGGCAAGGUAAGGGGUGUUUCAGUCCUUAACCAGGUGCGAAGAAGCUGUUGUUCAUGGAGUUUGUUGUAGUCUAAUUGUAGAGGCCCUUCCCCUCCCAUGGUCUGUCUGGAUUACAUCUUUUGCUAAUCUUUAUUUUAUAUUAAAAAUAAUAGUUGGUGUCAUCCUUUGGUCUUUAGAUGAAUUGAAUUACUGCUGUAUGCAAUUUUUGUUAAAAUAAAAUAUUUCAGUUUUGUCGUAAA